AUGGAGGAUGAUAGGGAUUGGGGGCCAAAACCCUUCAGGUUCCUUAAUGCUUGGGCAUCUCACCCUAAUUUCUUAAGGGUUGUUAAGGAGGCUUGGUCCAGAUAUGCUGUACAAGGUUGGGCUGGUUAUAAAGUCUCACUGAAACUUAAGGAGGUUAAAGCUUCUCUCAAGCAGUGGAACAAAGAGGAAUUUGGCAACUUAAACGAUAAGCUCUCUCUGAUUGAGGAGCAAUUGCAUUCUUUGGAUCUUUUACAAGAAAGAAACACAUUGUCCAAUAAUGACUUGCAAAUCAAAAGAACACUUAAGUCUGAAUAUUGGAAGACUUUGAGAUUGAUUGAGAUCACCUGGUUGCAAAAAUCAAGACAAAUUUGGUUCAAGGAGGGGGAUAAAAAUUCCAAAUUUUUCCAUAUGGUGGCUAGUUCAAGGCAGAGGAAGAACUCUUUUGUGAGCUUAAACUUAAAUGGAUCCACUGUUGAAGAUCCAGAACAGAUUAGAAUGGGAGUCAAAAUGCACUUCCAUAAUUUUUUUUCAGAAAGAUGGCCCUCAAGACCAAAAUUUUUAGGCUCUUUUGAACGCAAACUAUCAAUUGAUGAUGCUCGGCGGCUGGAAUUGCCUUUCUCAGAGGCAAAAAUCUGGGAAGCAGUCAGAGAGUGUGAUGGGAACAAAGCACCAAGGCCAGAUGGUUUCAAUAUGAAGUUUAUUAAAAAGAGCUGGCCAAUUAUUAAGGAGGAUAUCUGCUUAUUCAUCAAGGAGUUUCAUCUCAACAGCAAACUCUCUAAAGGAGACCACUGAGAGCUUGGGAAGAGGACUUACACCAUGAUUUGCUUGGAAGGUUGCAGCAGAUCCAAAGAAGCAGAGAUUCUGUGGAGGAUAAACUGAUCUGGACUCCCCUUUCAUCAGGUAUUUUCACUGUUAAGUCUCUUUAUGAUUUAUUUGAGAUCUCUCUUCAGGUGUCAUUCUUUCCUAUCAUGAAUUUAUGGAAGACAGUUGCACCUCCGAAGAUAAAAGCUUUCGGAUGGUUGGUGUGGUGGGAU